CAUUGGCUGCGGCGUCCCCGGUGUUGUUAUUUCGUUGUUGUUGUUUCGUUGUUGUUUCGUUGUUGUUCCAAACGAGAGCGAAAUGGGAAGGAAACGGGUGUGAGCCGAGUGUGAGCUGAGCGUGAGCUGAGCGUGUCACCUGCCACUGACAGCUCUGAGCUGUCCCUGUCACCUGUCACUCUCCACUGUACCUGUCCCGUGCCGGCCCCGGACCGGACGCAGCCCCGGCACAGCCCGAGCUCCGCUCCCGGCGAGGCGCUCCCGGAGACCGACACUCGCUCACCCAAUCCCUCCCCGGCCAUGGCGCUGUGCGGCGGCCGCGGGCUGCCCGGGCUGGAGGGCACGUCCCCGGGGGUGUCCCCGCUCCCCCCGCUGCCGCUGGACGCGGGACACCCGGCGAAGCCGGGCAGACUCUGGGACACCCCGAAGAGGCGGGGCGGGGGGUUGCCCCUCCCGCGGCUCUCGCUCACCCUGUCCCCGCAGCCGGUGGCCUCGGUUUGUGCCCGGGACUCCGUCUGCUCCCAGCCCUCGGAUGCCGGACUGGGGCUGGACUCCCCCACACAGCACGACCCGGCGGCGGUGGCGGAGGAAGUCUUCGAGAAAGCAAUCCUGAAUUCGAGAAGAGUUCUCCAAGGCGCAAAGCUUUAUCUGCGGAGGAUCCGCUCCUUGCCGCCGUGUCUCCUGGAAUCCAGCCCGAUCCUGAAGGACAUCUCCCACUCCAGGGAGUUCAACGUCUGCAGGGGCCGAGUGCGGAGGGGCCGGAGGGAGCCCAAGAAUGAGGAGGGCUUUGUCCCCAAGAAGCUGCCGACGCUGGAUCAGCAGAGCCGGCUGGCCGCCGGCCAUGGGGCUGCCAGGACGGACCCCCUGGCCACAAGACCCUGCUCCACAUCCAGCCUGCUGAGUGAUGCCACCGUGCCCCAUGGGACUGAGAACGUGCUGACCACGAGGAUGACAAGGAAGGAGGAGGCAGAGCUGCAUCUGGGGAAGCGCAACAAGUGCCGGCAGCUCUUCUGCUCGCCCUCGGGGACCAGCAGGGCCAUCAGAUCCAUCCUGAAGCGGGGACACUCCUAUGAUGGGGACACCCCUGUCAAGGCCAAGCAGCACAGGAGGGUGGCCAGCACCCCCGGCGAGGAGGCAUCGCUGGAGUCAGAAGAGGGGCUGCAGCAUUCCAGGUCUGCCCAGCAUGAGGAGAUCAGGAGCCUGCUGGACAGCAAUGACCAGGAGCUCAUUGGGGACUUCUCCAAGGCUCACCUCCUGCCGACGGUGAAGGGGAAGGACCCAAGCCUGAAGUACAUCUCCCCUGACACGUUGGUGGCCGUGCUGACAGGGCAGUGGAGCAGCUUCAUCGAGAGCAGCAUCACCGUGGACUGUCGGUACCCCUAUGAGUACGAGGGGGGUCACAUCAAGGGUGCUGUCAACCUGCCCCUGCAGCGGGAUGUGGAGCAAUUCCUGCUGGAGCAGCCCAUCCUGCCCCUGGACACCAGCAAGAGGGUGAUCAUCAUCUUCCACUGCGAGUUCUCUGCUCAUCGCGGGCCCAAAAUGUGCCAGUUCCUCAGAGAGAAGGAUCGUUCCUGUCACGAGUACCCCCAGCUCCACUACCCCGAGCUCUAUGUCCUGAAGGGGGGGUACCGGGACUUCUUCCUGCAGUACCCGACACACUGCGAACCCCAGGACUAUCGGCCCAUGGAGCACGGGGCCUUCCAGGAGGAGCUGCGCCAGUUUCGCUGCCAGAGCAGGCUCCGGGCGGGAGAGCGCAGCCGGCGGGAGUUCUGCAGCCGCCUCCUGCCCCGCUGAGUGCUCGGGGGUCCGCAGCCCCUCCGUGGGUAAUGGAGGAGCUGGGGG